AUGGAUAAUUAUCCAUUUCUGGAUUCUCAAAUCAAUUAUGAUUUUAUGUCGGAAUUUUCUUCUUUUUUAAAUGAAGUCGGUGAGGGUGAUUACACAGAUAAGUUUUUCACUGAACAAAUAUUUCCAUCACAUGUCGAUUUGAUUGAAUGGGUUCGAAAGAUUGCAUUCAAGCUUGUAUUUGUUGUCGUGAUUAUAAGAUCUGACAUAGCAAUUGGUGAAGCUGGAAGAAAGACAUUCAUUGUGUUAUGUUAUGAAAGGAGUGAGAAGUAUAGGAAGUAUAAGACAAAUAUUCAGCGUAGUGUAUCUGGCACACGAAAAUGUGAGUGUUUGUUUAGGUUGAGGGGUAAACCUAAAGGACACGGUUGGGUGUUAAAGGUUAUGUGCGGCUAUCACAACCAUGAAUUAACAGAGACUUUGGUUGGUCAUCCUUUCGCAGGGAGGUUAAAUGCUGCUGAACAGUCAAUUCUUGUUGACAUGACUAAGAGUCAAGUUAAGUUCUCAAAUAUUCUUUUGACUCUUAAAGAACAUAAUGAAAAUGACGUGACGACUAUAAAACAAAUGUAUAACGUGAGAUACACUAACAAACGAUCUUUGAGAGGGUCGAGAACCGAAAUGCAGUAG